ACCAUGAGACUUCUGCUGCUGGCUCUUCCUGUCCUUGCUUUUCUACCUCAAGUGAUCCCAGCCUAUGGUGGUGAGAAAAAAUGCUUGUAUGGAUCGGGGAUAUGCAGGAAAAGCUGCAAAGAUGGAGAAGUGUUCCAGGACAGAUGUAAAAAUCGCCUAAACUGCUGCGUUCCAGCCUAUAGGAGCCACAAGCAAAAGGCCUCGGGCACUUGGACCACAGAGGCAUCCUCUACAGUUGAAUAUGAUCUAAACUCAUAUUUCAUCAAUGAACUUAGCACAGUGACAAAUACCUGA